AUGUCGGGAGAUUCAGACUCCAAGAACUACUGCUUCUCUGUGAUGCAGGACCAAGAUGGAGCGCAUCGGAUGGGCGGCUACAGCCAAGGUGGGCCUGACUUAGGCCUCCCCUCGGAGGGCAGCGACAGCAGCGGUCAGCACCCUCCCGCCUCGCAGCACAAGCAUCGCAAGAUCCCCCGCUCUCGAUCGCUCCCCGAGGAAGACAUGGAGAUGAAGAGCAGUGGCUCCAGCGGUAGUGGAACUGAAUCACACAGCAAUGAAAGCCACGGCAACACAAGCCAUGGCACUGAGAGUCUUGGCCAUUCCUCAAUGGGCAGCUCCAAUGGCACCAGUAAGGACUCUGCAAUACUGGAAUCUUCUGAAAGCAACAAAAGCUCAAACUCUCACAGUCCGUCUCCUCCGAGCAGCUCCAACGCCUUCAGUCUGCUGAGCUCAGAGCAGGACAACCCAUCAUCCAGCGGCUGUAGUAGUCAGGAGUCUGCCAAAGCUAAGACCCAGAAAGAGAUGAUUAAAACUCUGAAAGAGCUGAAGCUUCACAUGCCUACUGAGAAGAGACACAACAGCAAGUGCUCUACACUGAAGACCCUCAAGUACGCACUGAGCUGCGUCAAACAGGUGGAAGCCAAUGAGGAGUAUUACCAGCUGCUGAUGACCAAUGACAGUCAACCUUCAGGCCAGGAUGUAUCCUCUUAUACGAUAGAGGAGAUAGACAGCAUUACUUCAGAAUACACCCUCAAAAACAAUGACAUGUUUGCAGUAGCAGUGUCUCUCACCACAGGAAGAAUAGUGUACAUUUCUGAUCAGGCUGCCUCCAUCCUAAACUGCAAAAGAGACGUGUUUAAGAACAGCACGUUUGUGGAGUUCCUGGCGCCGCAGGAUGUUAGCGUGUUCUACAGCUUCACAACGCCGUACCGCCUGCCCUCCUGGAGCAUGUGCACCGGAGCAGAGUCAUCACCGCCUGACUCCAUGCAGAAGAAGUCCUUCUUCUGUCGUAUCAGUGGUGGUAAGAAAAGCGAGGGCUUUCUGCAAUACUAUCCAUUCCGCAUGACGCCCUACCGGAUGAAGGUCCCAGAUACAGUGCAUGCUGAAGACCAGUUCUGCUGCCUCCUGCUGGCAGAGAGAGUUCACUCUGGUUAUGAUGCACCCAGAAUUCCAUCUGACAAACGCGUCUUCACCACCACACACACACCGAGUUGCUUGUUUCAGGAUGUUGAUGAGAGGGCGGUUCCUCUCCUUGGGUAUCUCCCCCAGGACCUCAUUGGCACACAAAUCCUCCUCCACCUGCAUCCCAAUGACCGACCGAUUAUGUUGGCCAUUCACAAAAAGAUUCUUCAAUUUGCAGGACAACCAUUCGACCACUCCUCCAUCCGGUUCUGUGCGCGAAAUGGAGAAUACCUCAUUCUGGACACCAGCUGGUCCAGUUUUGUCAACCCCUGGAGCCGCAAGGUGUCCUUUGUUAUGGGAAGACACAAACUGCGAAUGGGCCCUGUGAAUGAAGAUGUUUUCUCAGCCCCUGUCUCAACUGUCAUUGAGAUGAAGACCAUGGACAAUGACAUCCAGGAGAUUACUGAGCAGAUCCACCGGCUCCUGCUACAGCCGGUCCAUAACAGUGGCUCCAGUGGUUACUGCAGUCUGAACAGAAAUGACCACCUUGUGGGCAUGAGCUCCUCUAACGAGAGCCUUAACAACAGCAACGGGGCCAAGAUCCAACAAGAGGAGGAGGAAGUGAGCGACAAAGCACGACCACGGACCUUUCAGGAAAUCUGUAAAGGAAUACAUCUUCAGAAAAGCCUUGAGCAUCAGACAACCAAACCAGACAUCAAGAAAAGCAAUGGCAUAGAGUGUGUACAGAGACACUCGACGGCGGUGCGGCCCAAAGACUCGACGCCCCUCCACUGGAAGGACACCGGGGUCUCGUUGGAGGAGAACCGGUCCUCCUCCAACGAGGACACGGUCUUCAAAUAUCAGAACGCCUGCUCCUAUCAGCAGAUCAGCUGUCUGGACAGUGUUGUCAGGUACUUCGAGAGCUGUAAUGUUCCCAUCAGUAUGAAAAGGAAGUGCCAGUCUUCUUCUAACACCACGUCCUCUAAGUCGGAUGAGGACAAACAGAAAGGACCUCACAGCAUGCAGUUGUCUGAAGAACCAGCCUUGUUGAAGAAUCAGUCUUCUCUCUCCGCUUUGGAAGAUCACGACAAAAAGUCCAGUGACGCGGCCACAGCGGUAGUGGGCACAUCGCUGCCCCUUUCUGUACCAAACAAACCCGAAAGUGUGGUGUCCAUAACCAGCCAGUGUAGCUACAGUUGCACCAUAGUGCAUGUUGGGGACAAGAAACCUCAACCGGACUCAGAUAUCAUAGGGGAAUCCAGCCAUAGCCCCGGGGUUCCUCUCUGUGUCGUUUCACCUCCCAGUCACGAGAGGGAGUCCUAUAAGAAACUCGGGUUGACUAAGCAGGUUUUGGCAGCCCAUACGCAGAAGGAGGAGCAGACCUUUCUGUAUCGCUUCAAGGAGCAUCGAGGACUUGCAGCGCUUAAAGAAAACUGCUCUCAGUACCUGGAGCGUCAGAGGGAACAGAUCGCCAGUUAUGCUAUACCCACUGCUCAGUCCUCCAAGCAGGAUGAACCGAGUGCAGAGCCCACCGCUCGGCGAGGCACACGGAACAAGAAGACCAAGUCAAAGCGGGCGAAGCAGAUGGAGUCCUCCGACAGCACCGUGUCCCACCACAGACAGCAACACCUGCGGCCCCCUCUCCUGACCCACGGCCUCAACCUGACCUCCUGGUCGAGCUCUGACACCUCGCAGUCAAACUUCCCCAUGGCCUACCCCUCAGUGAUGCCAGGCUACCCCCUCCCGGUUUACCCCAGAGCCAAUUCCAUGGCCCCCCGCACAGAUGCCACUCAUCAAGGCUUUGUGUACAAUCAGGGCACCCAGCCCCCUCCCUGCCCACAGCCCAUCCACCCUGCUCCCUUCACCACCCCUAUGGUCACUCCUAUUGUGGCUCUAAUGCUGCCCAUGCCCUUCUCUCCAUUGGCCCCCUCACUGCAAUCUCCACAGCCAGUGUUCCACGCAGCCACUGCUGGCUUCCCCACCCAAAUGCAGCCUUUUAGUCCGGUUGCCUUUCCAGUCCCGGUCCACUUCGCAGCUUCACCGUCCUUCACUGUCCAGAGCCAGUUCAACUCCCCAAACCACUUUGCUCUCCAAUCGAACUACAUCCCCUCUGUGUUCUACUUUCCUCCAGUCCCGGAAACUCAAAGGCGUCCGGUUGAGAGCCAGUCUCGCUCCUCCACGCCGCAGUCUGGAGGAGGUGGAGGCCCGGCGUCUCCACCCCUGUUUCAGUCUCGCUGCAGCUCACCCCUCAACCUGCUGGAGCUGGAGCUGUGUGUGGACCGGCAGGACUGCACAGCGCUCUCCUCUGGAGGGCAAGGGAAUAAUAUGGCAGAACGGAAGAUGGGAGCCUGUGGAAACCAGGCCAAAGAGAGGGAGAUGAAGCAGCCUUCUCUCAGUCUCCUUGGUCCACCUGGACCCUUGUAUUGCGAGGGCUCGCACUGUGUCUGUGAUCGUUUGUCUUGGGAUAAAGUGUGCUCUAGAAGGUCUUGCAGCAAAGAGACAAGUUCACGUGGCGAUGGGAACAACAGUGACGGCAACUCUUUCUCCAGCGACAUGUUGGACAUUAUUCUCCAUGAGGACUCCAGCUCUGCCGACUCGGGCUCCAUGGGCUCCGGAUUGAAUGGCUGUGGUACUUCAGCCAGUGGGACCUCCAAUAGCAGGACGUCUAACAGUAGGACAUCAAACAGCGGGACAUCAAAGAGCAGGACGUCAGCCAGUGGGACGUCUGGCAGUGGAAAAGGAAGCAACAACAGUAGUAACUACUUUGGCAGCGUGGACUCGUCCCAGAUCAGUCAGAAAGUCAAAGGUCACCUGAAUGGCAGCGGCAGCAGGCCUUUGGAGAUGGACCAGAGUGAACAUUUCAUCACUGACAUCCAGAGAGUGCUCAGAGACGACAGAGAGAAGCUGAGGCUGCUGCAGAAGAGCCAGCCGAGCUUUUCAGAGGAGCAGAAGAAGGAGCUGAUGGAGGUGCACACCUGGAUUAAGAGAGGAGGUCUGCCAAAGGAGAUAGACAUCAAGGCGUGCUCCUGCUGUAACGGUGCCUCGGAGGCAGCAGCAGUGGCAGCAGCGGUGGAGGAGGAACAGGCAAACCUUGACCUCGGUGAAACGGAGGCGCUGGAGGAGGGCUGCCAGCGGAGGCCCAGAGAGGAACCCUCCAACUCUCUCUCUCAGAGACAACCAGCUAGACAACAAACACAUCAAGAUCUUCAAAGUGUCCCCUAUUACCCGUCAGACUCUGUUUCUGCACAACUGUGA